GUUGCAUCAUAACUUCCAGCCCGAAACGUGCGUGGUCCGUAGUGUCCGUGAAAGCUCGUUAAAAAUGUUGAAGGCAGCCAAAUAUUUGUCCCGUACCCUGGUGGAAACCCGUGGACUGCUGCAGAAUGGGGGUGCUCUGCCGAAUAAUGUGCUGGCCCGAUUCAAAUCAGAACAGGUUAAGGGUGCCGUCAUUGGUAUUGAUCUGGGAACGACAAACUCCUGCGUUGCUGUGAUGGAGGGUAAGAACGCAAAAGUCAUUGAAAACGCAGAAGGCGCCCGUACCACACCGUCGCACGUAGCGUUCACAAAGGACGGCGAGCGGUUGGUAGGAAUGCCGGCGAAGCGACAGGCCGUUACCAACUCGGCCAACACAUUCUACGCGACGAAGCGUCUCAUCGGCCGUCGGUUUGACGAUGCCGAAAUCAAGAAGGAUCUUGCUAACCUUUCGUACAAAGUGGUGAAGGCAUCCAAUGGCGAUGCUUGGGUGCAAGGAAGCGACGGCAAGGUCUACUCGCCCAGUCAGAUUGGCGCGUUCGUGCUGAUGAAGAUGAAGGAAACGGCCGAGGCGUACCUGAACACACCGGUGAAGAAUGCGGUCAUCACAGUGCCGGCGUACUUCAACGAUUCACAGCGACAGGCGACGAAGGAUGCUGGACAGAUUUCUGGCCUGAACGUGCUGCGUGUGAUCAACGAACCGACCGCUGCGGCCUUGGCGUACGGUAUGGAUAAGAGCGAGGACAAGAUCAUCGCCGUGUACGAUCUCGGCGGUGGUACGUUUGAUGUUUCGAUCCUGGAAAUCCAGAAGGGGGUGUUCGAGGUGAAGUCGACCAACGGCGAUACGCUGCUCGGUGGUGAGGAUUUCGACAACCACAUUCUGGAUUACUUGGCGCAGGAGUUUAAGAAGGAUCAAGGCAUCGACAUCAAGAAAGACGCGAUGGCAAUGCAGCGACUCAAGGAAGCCGCCGAGAAGGCCAAGUGUGAGCUGUCGUCGUCGGUGCAGACGGAUAUAAACCUCCCUUAUCUCACGAUGGACGCAUCGGGUCCGAAGCAUUUGAACCUGAAGCUGACCCGCGCCAAACUGGAAACGUUGGUCGGUGAUCUAAUCAAACGCACGAUCGCACCCUGCCAGAAGGCGAUGUCGGACGCGGAGGUCAACAAGUCGGACAUCGGCGAGGUACUGUUGGUCGGAGGUAUGACUCGUAUGCCGAAGGUUCAGUCGCUGGUGCAGGACAUUUUCGGACGCCAACCUUCCCGUGCCGUAAAUCCGGACGAAGCCGUCGCUGUCGGAGCGGCCGUGCAGGGCGGUGUCUUGGCCGGUGAUGUGACCGAUGUACUGCUGCUGGAUGUAACUCCGCUUUCUCUCGGUAUCGAAACUCUGGGUGGUGUGUUCACUCGCCUUAUCACACGCAAUACUACGAUUCCAACGAAAAAGUCCCAAGUAUUCUCGACCGCCGCCGAUGGACAGACGCAGGUGGAGAUCAAGGUGCACCAGGGUGAGCGUGAGAUGGCUGCGGACAACAAGAUGCUGGGUUCGUUCACACUGGUAGGCAUCCCACCGGCGCCACGUGGUGUGCCGCAAAUUGAGGUCGUGUUCGAUAUCGAUGCCAACGGCAUUGUGCAUGUAUCGGCACGUGACAAGGGCACUGGAAAGGAACAACAGAUUGUCAUCCAAUCGUCGGGUGGCUUGAGCAAGGAUGAAAUCGAAAACAUGGUAAAGAACGCAGAGCAAUACGCACAGGCUGACAAACAAAAGAAGGAUCGUAUCGAGGCGAUCAACCAGGCCGAAGGCAUCGUGCACGAUACCGAGACGAAGAUGGAAGAAUUCAAGGAUCAGCUACCAAAGGAAGAGUGUGACAAGCUGCGAGAAGAAAUCACCAAGGUACGAGAAAUUCUUGCCAACAAGGAUGAAGCCGACCCAGAGGAAAUUCGCAAAACAACCAGUGCUCUGCAGCAGUCAUCGUUGAAGCUGUUCGAAAUGGCAUACAAGAAGAUGGCGUCGGAGCGUGAGAGCAGUGGCAGCAGCAGUAGCAGUGGAAGCAGUAGUGGUACGGAAGAUGCAGAGAAGAAGGAGAAGGAGAACAAAAAUUAAAUAUCUACAUUAGACGAAAGACUCAUAAACACAUUGUCACACCGAAUCCAGUAGAAAUAGAAACGUACAUGAAAACGGAAUAAUUUCGACACUAUUAAAGAUACGCUAACGUACAAUAAACAGAAUAGAUGACGAAAAUCACACUACAACGUAAUAUGCUUGACGUAGCUGUACAUGUUUUAUUUUGGGUUUAUGUGAAGAAAUAUCCAUGCUCUUCCUAUACCAAAUCCUUACAAGCGGAAGGGGUUAU